UCCCCUCGAACUUUGGGGGGACUCAAUGAAGUUAAGGACACUCCACCGCCUUCCACUUGCUUCUCUUCCUCCUCCACCACCUCUUCCAAAUCCACACGAGGUCGCCCCGCCGCCCGCCUGAUGUUGGUGCCCCGGGCCGCCCCAGCCUGCGCCAUGCCCGCCGCCUCGCCCACGCGCCCCGCCCCGCGCCCCAUCACGCCCGCGGCUGCCUACUCCCACCACUACCACAUGUCUCCGCCGGCGCCGAGCUACGGGCGGCCCCGCCUGAUGGCCGCCCUCACGCAGCCCUCGCCCCCGGGGGUGUCUCGGUCCCGCUCCCCCCACCCCAGCCUGGCCCAGUACGAGGUGCCUGGCCUGCCCCUCAGGGCGCCGCCCCACGCCUUCCGUCCCCCUGGCGUUCAUGGUUCCCUGGGCUCCCCCAAGCAGGCCGCCGUGUGCCCCGAGGCACGCGCCCCCUACCCCACCCCCGACCUACCCGACACCCACCCACCUCCCUGGCGGUCUGACGCGCCGCCUCAAGCCUCGGACAUGCCCUUCGACCUGUCCACGCACAACCGCGAGCCGCGCAUGUCCCCUGCCUCGCGCCCCCUGGACCUGUCCGAGGCGGACCAGCCGCUGGACCUCACCGUCAAGAAGCGCCUGCCGCUGGAGGACGAGAAUAUGAACCUGGUGGAGCGUCGCACGCCGCCCCCCGUGCUGCAGGUGGCGCCCUCCCCCAAGUACCAUUCCCCGGUGCACGAGUACCGCCCCCCAUGCCGCCCCACGAUAUGGCCCCCGCCCCCCUCGAGGCGGACCCAGUCAAGGCGGGCCUGCACAUGGUUCCGGUCAGCAGCGCCGUGGUGGGCCCGCGCCCCCCGCCCGUGGUGGCCUACGCGCCGCCCCUGCACCAGACCCUGCAUCAGCCCGUGCCCGUCUACUCCAGCGAGUGCCACCGCCCGCUGCCCCCCGGCGCCCCCGUGCGUUCCCCCUACCCCGUGAUGGGCCUACCCCACACCGCCUACCACCUGGGGCCCCACGCGGGCUCCCCACAGCUGGUGCCAGGAUACCGGGGGCCCCCGCAAGGGCCGCAUCCCCCGGGGCACCCCGCACUGUACCAAGUUAUGGGCGAGCGCCUGCCCAAGGGCGUGAGUGUGUCACAGCACUCCGAGGGGCACGGCGUGGCGGGUGUGGUGUCCGGCCUGUCCUCGGCGCGACCCCGGGAGCGGUACUCGUGCAAGUUCUGCGGCAAGGUGUUCCCGCGCUCGGCCAACCUGACGCGCCACCUGCGCACGCACACGGGCGAGCAGCCGUACAAGUGCAAGUUCUGCGAGCGGUCGUUCAGCAUCUCGUCCAACCUGCAGCGCCACGUGCGCAACAUCCACAACAAGGAGAAGCCCUACAAGUGCCGCCUGUGCGAGCGUGCCUUCGGCCAGCAGACCAACCUGGACCGCCACAUGAAGAAGCACGACUCGGACGGCCCCACCAUCCUGGACGGCAGCCCGCGCCGCUACUCGGCGCCUCAGGGCCAAGACGACGCCGCGGCGGCCGGCGGCGACAAGGCUGCGGACGGCGCCGCCACCAGCGACCUGCAGGGAGGCGACGACGAGGACGACGAGGACGCGUAUAUAGACGUGGAGGAGGAGGACGAGGAGGAGGAGGAGGAGCUGGUGGAGAAGGAGGGGGAGAAGAUCUCGUGUGAGGUGACCAUCAAGCCCUCCUCCCCCAUGGAGGUGGACGCCGCGCCGGGGGGGAUGCCGCCCCCCAUGGCAGUGCUCUCAGCGUGAGGCACCCCGCCCCUCCCAGCCCCCGCCACCCACUCACCCCGCCCCUCCCGCCCCCCUCACCCCAAUCCUGAUAAUUUAAGUACAGAACUUCCGUCCGUUACGUACAAACCGUCCGUUACUUUACGUGUACAACGAACACAACCACACGCGCCCACGCCCCUCGCUCCCCGCCCCUCCCACAGCACCAGGCUCGUCACGGGGGCGGCUCUCCCACUCCCCCUCCCUUCCUUCCUCCACUCCCCCCACCCCCCUGCCGCCGUGUAGUACAAGUAGAGUAGUAACACGAGGAGACUUGUCGAGGAAGCUGGACACACACACACACACACACACACACACACACACACACACACACACACACACACACACACACACACACACACAGCGUUUCCAGUUACAAAUUAUCCCCUUUUUAAUGUUAUUUGAAACAUGCACAAAUAUUUCAUUCUCUCUCUCUCUAGGAGUCACGAGAGAGAGAGAGAGAGAGAGAGAGAGAGAGAGAGAGAGAGAGAGAGAGAGAGAGAGAGAGAGAGAGAGAGAGAGAGAGAGAGAGAGAGA